CGAUAUUUUUCCCUGAAGGAGAGAGAGGAGGCUGGAGAGGCUGAAUUAACGAGAAUUUGUUCAGAAGACAAAACUGGAUUAUCCUUGUGAAAGAGAAGAUUCAGUGAUGGAGCCUGUCCAUAUUAAAGAGGAGAGUCCUGCACUAGAAUCAGUCCAUAUUAAAGAGGAGAGUCCUGCACUAGAAUCAGUCCAUAUUAAAGAGGAGAGUCCUGCACUAGAAUCAGUCCAUAUUAAACAGGAGAGUCCUGCACUAGAAUCAGUCCAUAUUAAAGAGGAGAGUCCUGCACUAGAAUCAGUCCAUAUUAAAGAGGAGAGUCCUGCACUAGAAUCAGUCCAUAUUAAAGAGGAGAGUCCUGUACUAGAAUCAGUCCAUAUUAAAGAGGGGAGUCCUGCACUAGAAUCAGUCCAUAUUAAACAGGACAGUCCUGUACUAGAAUCAGUCCAUAUUAAAGAGGACAAUCCUGUCCUAGAAUCAGUCCAUAUUAAAGAAGAGAGUCCUGUAAUAGAAUCAGUCCACAUUAAAGAGGAGCUUCCUGAACUAGACCCUGUCCGUGUUGAAACAAGCAGCUUGCCGGACUCUCUGUCCUGUACAGAAUGUGGAAAGAGUUUCAGACAGUUACAAAGUCUGAAACUUCACCAGCGAAUUCACACAGGAGAGAAACAACAUGUCUGUGCUGACUGUGGGAAGAGUUUUAGUCAGUCAAGCAACUUAAAAAUCCACCAGCGCAUCCACACUGGUGUGAAACCAUAUGUCUGUGGUGACUGUGGGAAGAGUUUCAGUCAGUUACACAACCUGAAACGUCACCAGCGAAUCCACACUGGAGAGAAACCAUAUGAUUGUGCUGACUGUGGGAGGAGUUUCAGAUGUUCACAAAGCCUGAAAUAUCACCACCGAAUCCACACUGGUGAGAAGCAACAUGUCUGUGCUGACUGUGGGAAGAGUUUCAGAUGUUUACAAACCCUGAAAUAUCACCAGGGAAUCCACACUGGAGAGAAGCAACAUGGCUGUGCUGACUGUGGGAGGAGUUUCAGAUGUUCACAAAGCCUGAAAUAUCACCAGCGAAUCCACACUGGAGAGAAGCAACAUGUCUGUGCUGACUGUGGGAAGAGUUUCAGAUGUUCACAAAGCCUGAAAUAUCACAAGCGAGUUCACACAGGAGAGAAACGAUAUGUCUGUGCUGAUUGUGGGAAGAGCUUCAGCUGGUCAGACGCAUUGAAAAGGCACCAGCGAAUCCACACAGGAGAGAAACCAUAUCUCUGUGUUGACUGUGGGAAGAGUUUCAGUCAGUCAGGAACUUUGAAAGAUCACCGGCAAAUUCACACUGGAGAGAAACCACAUGUCUGUGCUGACUGUGGGAAGAGUUUCAGACAUUUACAAAACCUGAAACUUCACCAGCGAAUCCACACUGGAGAGAAACCACAUGUCUGUGCUGACUGUGGGAAGAGUUUCAGUCACUUACAACACCUGAAACUUCACCAGCGAAUUCACACUGGAGAGAAACCAUAUGUCUGUGCUGACUGUGGGAAGAGCUUCAGCUGGUCAGAUGCUUUGAAAAGACACCAGCGAAUCCACACAGGAGAGAAACCACAUGUCUGUGCUGACUGUGGGAAAAGUUUUAGUCAGUCAGGCCAUUUGAAGAAACACCAGCGAUUCCACACAGGAGAGAAACCUUAUCACUGUACGCACUGUGGGAAGAGUUUUACUACUUCCUGUUCUCUUAAAAGACACAAAUGCAAGUUGUGAAAGUUUAGUCAGAAUGUGAGUGUGUAUUCAUUCACCCGCACUCAGAAAUUCCAGUCUUUUUAAACAGCAGCUUAAUAUAAAAACUGUGAGAACUCUGGUGAAUGUCUACAGAUGAUACAGAUUUAUCAAUAUUAAACACAGUGCUCUGAAGCCGUUACAUUAUAAAGUACAUUCUUAGUUUGCAAUCCGUCGAAUUUACAGAUGCCUCGGAGCGUUGUGUGAUACGAGGUGAAGCCGAGUGCCUCCAACCCCUGAGAAGUCUGUAUAUUCAACGCAUACGCUGUGGGAGAAAUUCAUAGUUGUAAUUGAAUGUACUUUAUAAAAUCACAUUUCAAAUCUUAAACUAUGAGGCUUAAGAUGCUGUGAUGUUAAUUAAGUGUGUCUUCCCCCAACCUUCUCCCAUAACAUUAGUACUUUGUAUUUAAUCAUAUCCUGAUGUAACUAUCACUAUUUAAUCAUAUCCUGAUGUAACUAUCACUAUUAUCUGCUGUAUUAUUGAAUUGUGGUUUGUCACACUUGUACUUUGCUUGAACAAAAGUUAUUAUAUUUCUUGCUCUUAUUGUAUUACUUGUAUUGUAACACUUGAAAUGUAUUUGCUUAUGAUUGUAAGUCGCCCUGGAUAAGAGCGUCUGCUAAGAAAUAAAUAAAUAAUUUGAGAUCUGCUUCAAAGGACUGGAUAUUAAUAACAGAGGGUCGUAAAUAUUUAAAUUGGUUUCAGUUUAGAUUGCCUGCCAGUGUGGUCUAAACAAACAGAGUUGAAUCUUAUCUGUUAAUUAAGAAAGUCUGUCUGGAAGCCAGGAUACAAAGAAGUGCGACACCUGGUGGAUAGGAGGUGCCAUGACUUCAACCCAUUAAAUGAAUUGUUACCAUGAAACAUUGAAUGUUUAAGUGACUAGAAAUUCCUAAUUUCCUUAUUUUAAAAGUGAAUUGAAAAACAAACCUUCACGAGGGUGUAAUAUUAACUUGUGUAACAAUCUCAGGGUUUUAGAUUUACUAAUAAGUAUCAGAUUGAAACGUAACAGAUAGUAAUAACUUCACUGAUUUAAAUGGGUUUCAGAAUCAUUUUAACAACAUUGUUUAAGGAUGCUUUCCCAGUAACACUGAAAUGUUUAUUGUGUUUUAAUGAAGUUUAAAGUGAAAAUAAUUCUUACAUUAUUUUACUUUAAUUAUUGUACUGUGUUUACCAUGCUUGCAACAGUAAUUUAGUUCAGAGAACGAAACUGGCAUUUUUAUCCUUCUAGGAUCAGUAUAACUAGCUAGCACAAAAUGAAGUUUUUUUCUGUGAAUGAUAUGAAUCUUUGUCUCUCUCUCUGUAUGGAGGAGGGUCACUACCUGUGUCAAUGAAGCGUCAUGUGUUAAUGCUGGUACCAUGAUUAUAUUCUUACUUUUGUGAGUCUUAAUAAACAAUCA